GCCUGGUCUAACUGGCUCUUCUGUCCUCCAGUCCAGCGAUGGAAAGGCAUCUUUCCCAGCUCUGUACCUCAAUCCCCCCCCUGCGCCCCCGUGGUUGGAGUCGCCCCGCUCAGCAGCUCGGCCUGGGCCUGUAGCAGACCCGCUCACGCAGAGCGCCCAGCUGCAUUCUCGCCAUCCAGCCAUCCUCCGCUCCCCCCGAUUCAGACACCUAAUGGGAAGGACUGCUCUGGUCUAGCAGAGAGAUCUCCCACAUUCCUCUUUCAUUCAACCAAUCACAGUUAUGGCGGCAGGCAUCCUCCUCUCAGUCCGGAAUCUUCCAUGGAGAGCGAGAUCAGCGCCUCGGAACUGGAGGAUGAUUCCAUCUCCAUGAGCUACAAGCUGCAGGACCUGACCGACGUUCAGAUAAUGGCACGGUUACAAGAAGAAAGCCUCCGCCAGGACUACGCCUCCACCUCGGCCUCCGCCAGCCGCCGCAGCUCCAGCUUCUCCCUCCACGCCAGCCGCCGCCCCCCCUGCGAGGAGCCCGAGCUGCAGGACGAGGAGGACGAGUAUGAUGAGCUGCCACCCCCCCAGCCACGGCUGGCUCGCGCCCGCCCCCUGCAGCGCAGCCUCUCACACUCCCACAGUUUCUCCGGGGCCAGGGACUGCCGCCGCAGCCCGUCGGCCCCCCAGUGCCUGGGGGGUCUCUCCCAGCAGCAGUACUCCAGCAGCCCCCUCAGCAGCUACAUGCCGGAGGCUCUGGGCCACAGGAGUAGCUCAGGCUCCCCUUCCUGGAGUCAAGCUGAACACGAGAAUAAGCUGAGGAGAAGCAUGCCCAACCUGGUGCGGGCUCCCAGCAUGCCGAGCGUUCCCAGUCUUCCCAGCAUUCCCGGCCUUCCCGGUCCCGUCGGGCAGACCAGCUCCCCGUCCCUCCGCAACAGCCAAAGCUUCGACUCCUCGAACGUGCUGACCAGGAUGCAGUCCUCAAUCCCCUCCCCAGGUCAGCUCCAGCACCGUGUGCAAAGCGUGGGCAACUUCUCCGCCUUGUCCCGCCCACCCACCAAGGCCACCGCCUACGUCAGUCCCACAGUACAGGGCUCCGCUGCCCCCUCCCCCUACACCAGUUUGCACUCAGGCUCCAGCAGUGGCAUCCCCCUCCCCAACAAACCCAGCGCCUCAUCCAUUCCGGGUCGCAGCGCCCUCCCGAGGCCGGCAUCCAUCAACGGGACCAGUGCCAUUCCCCGCAGUAAAAUAGCUCAGCCUGCACGCAGCUUACUCACGCCCCCAAAAAGCCUGGCCACGCUCAGCGCUCUCCGGGAUGGAAGCUGGAGAGAUGGGUGCUACUGAUGUCAGCCAGACACUACCGGCAAGCCAGGAGACCCAACGGUGUUGAGGCCCAGCAGGCUGGGCCCGUCUGCCUCUCCUUUGAAGUAUUCCUGAAGCAGAACGUACUCUGAGCAGCAGCAUGGAAAUGCAAAUGCGUUUCUGUGCAAACGGGGAACGUGACACCCCACCGAGAAUAGAGUCUGAACUGAGAUGAAAUUUUAUGCAUUGCAAGGAUGCUGUUGUUGCAAUAUUGAUUUUUAAAGUUGUAUCCUAGCCAAAAAAAAGUCAAACUACAUCUUAAAACUGUUUACAAAACCAUAUUUACGGAAUCAAUUCAAUUUUGCAGUUUUUUAAACGAUGAAGAAAAGUGAAUGUCUGACCUUAUCAGAGGACUAAAUGAAAUAUGUAAAAUCUUUGUACAGUUGUGGUGCCUAUUGUAAAAGUGUUUCAGUUCCGAUGUUUUAUUUGCUCUGGAUCUUUGCUGCACUUUCACUGUUGUUUCACUGUAAUAGAAAGAACUAGUUUCACUUAAGUUUAUUUGAUUUGUUUGUUAAAUACGCAAAAUUAGCAAUAUAGCUGUACUGUCACUGGUUCUUUUAAUUUAGCUUAUCUUGUUCUAAUGCAUUUGUUGCUCCCUCUUGUUUUAUAUUUAUUUAACAACAACAAAAAAAACUUGCAGUUCUCUUGCACAGAUCUGAUAAAGCGGUUUCUUUUUCUAAAAUAAUUUGUUGUUUGGGAAUCACUGUAUUUUAAAAUGGAAAUAAAACGUUUUACAUAA